AUGUUCAAAGUCAAAGCCGUCUACGACUACUCGUCGCCCCACGAGGACGACCUCAACUUCAAGCAGGGCCAGGUCAUCAGCGUCACCGAGGAAGAGGGGGACGACUGGUACGUGGGCGAGUACCAGGACGACACCGGCGCCAGGCACGAUGGCCUCUUCCCCAGGAACUUUGUCGAGCGCUACGAGCCAGCACCGCCGCCUCGGCCCAACCGGGUGUCUCGACACAAGCCAUUGGAGCAGCCUGCCGCACAGGAAGAGGCGCCUCCCACGCCUGUGAUACCCCAAGAGUCCAAACCGGUGCAGCGCGACGAGGCAGAGCCCCCGAAGCCCCAGCCGCCUCCGGUCCAAGUUCCUCCUGCGGCCAAGGCAGAACCCACCCCAAUGUCGCCCAUGUCUCCGCCAUCUGCUGCCAGCACCAAAUCUGCUGAGCUCCCCGCUGUGGCAGACGAACCAGUCAAAGCAACUCCUGCGACCAAGAAAGCCCCGCCCCCAGUCGCAGCCAAGUCCAAUGCCUUCCGCGACCGCAUCGCCGCCUUCAAUGCGCCCGCUGCGGCACCCAUCCAGCCCUUCAAAGCUGCAGGUGCUCCCUCCAACUUCAUUAAGAGACCAUUCGUAGCUCCUCCCCCAAGUCGCAACGCCUACGUGCCUCCGCCGAAGGAAGCCCCACAAGUCAAGGCGUAUCGCCGCGACGAAGAUCCCGAGAUUGCAGAGCGCCAGGCGCAGGAUCAGGAUGCAGCAGACAGAGCUGGUCUUGCUCCCCACGACGCUGGAACUGCGCCCGAGGCUGAGGAGGACAAUCAGCCAAAGAUCAGUCUUAAAGAGCGCAUCGCGCUUUUGCAGAAGCAACAGCAGGAAUCGGCAGAGCGCGCUGCUGCUGCCAUACACAAGGACAAGCCAAAACGACCCCCAGUCAAGCAACGGACAGAGUCCCACGAAGGUCUUGCUGAAGACAGCGAAGAUAUUGGUUUAGAACAGGUUGCCAGCGCCGGUUCUAAGCAGCGUCAGUCUAUGGAUCAUCCACGGCCCUCGCGAACGUCGCACGAUAUCAGGUCACCGGACUCUUAUCACGAUCGCGAGCUUGUCAGCGAGAAUGAUGCAGAUCAAUCAGGCGCAGACAACACCGAAGACGCUGGGGGUGAAUCGACGAGUGUCGAGGAUGACGAGGAUCGCGCGAAGCAUGCACAUCCUCCUCUGCCCAUUAGAGCACCAGCUGCGCCCUCGCAGGAGCCGGAUGUUGGCGAUGAACAAGAUGUCGAGGAGGAAGAGGAAGAAGAUGAAAUGGAUGCUGAGACCAGGCGAAAGCUGGAGCUACGUGAGCGUAUGGCCAAGAUGAGCGGAGGCAUGGGCAUGCCUGGCAUGUUCGGCGCUAUGCCAAUGGGCGGCCUUCCACCAAAGAAGAAGAAGACUGGAGACAAGAAGUUGGAAGAGGACGAGGAGCGCUCGGUCCCGCAGCAACGAGUGGCCAUGUUCCCUAUGCCUGGUAUGCCCUCUGUCAAGAGUCCGGAACAAGAGGAUCGGCAGCUCGCUGUGGAAAAGGAAGACGAGCAAGCCCAUCCAAUCACAGGCUCUCACACGGCCGACGAGGUUCCGGAUGUGGAAGAUGUAGCAUCUCAGCAAACACCGACUGCUGAGCGGCCGCCGCCAGUUCCAUCUGACACGUCAGACGGUCUGUUGGAGUAUGUCAUGACUGACGGCCUGUUCCGCCUCCAGUUCCAGCUGCAUGUCGACCGCAUGGAGGGUGAGACUGACUACGAAGGCGACUACGAUACCGAUAUCGCAUCUGGAGCAACACACAAGGACGCUCUGAAGUCUCAUGCGCGGGACGAAAGUGUUGAUGAGAGUACCAUCGCUGACGAGCCCUCAUCAGCUCAGUCACCAACGACACCUCAUGCCGUCCGCCACCACCUAUGCCUCCGUCUAUUCCUCCUAUCCCACAGCCACAGCAACAAGCCGCGGAGUCAUCUGAUGAGGAUGACUUGUACUCUGCGCCACCACCGCGGAAGUCGCAUGAUCGACCGCCGCCGCCACCGCCUCAAGCACCUCCGCAUCAGCAUGCACCACCCCCUCUCCCUGGAACUGCCGCACCUCCACCACCACCUCCGCAAGAGCGAGCUCCUCCUCCAUUACCUCCUCAAGAACGUCAAGCCCCGCCUCCGCCACCAGCUGAAGCCCCGCCUCGCGCGUCCUGUCCUGAGUCAAGACUUCAUUGCAAGUGAUAUCGAUCUUGGAGUUUCGUCGCACUGGUGGACACAGCCCAAGUUGUUGCCGCCGUCACUGCAAACCCGAAAAGACGUUCUAGUCAACCUAUCGGAGUCUCAGUCUGGCAGCACUGUCGAGAAGGUCAUCUCCAUCUUAUAUAUGGACUACUCGCAGACAACCGUCUCGGUACAGUUCGAUGCACAGAAUGUGUCUGAUGUCCAUUUUGAGCAACAGCACAGGGAACCGCCUCCACGCCAGCGACCCGAUCAGCUUGAGAAUGCAUACGAGCAGUUCGGGCGUCAGAUCGCCAAGGCUGUGGAGAGCAAGCAAAACACUGUCGUGGGUAAUGGCACACCACACGGUCUUAUUGACGAGCUCCUCAAGCCUUACCAAGACGCACUGCCGCCAGUCUCGACGCGUGCAUUUGGCGCCCUUGUAUAUGCCAACCUAGCCAACGCUUCCACGCAAUCGUACGACGAGAUCCGCCCCGGUGACAUUGUGACCUUCCGCAACGCCAAGUUUCAGGGCAAAACUGGUCCGAUGCACGCCAAAUACAGCACCGAUGUAGGUAAGCCGGACCAUGUUGGCGUAGUAGUAGAGUGGGACGGAUCGAAGAAGAAAGUGCGCGUUUGGGAGCAGGGUCGCGAGCACAAGAAGGUGAAGCCCGAGAGCUUCAAGAUGGGGGAUCUGCGGUCUGGCGAAGUACGUGUUUGGCGUGUGAUGAGCAAGAGUUGGCACCAAGGCGCCUACAACGCCAGCAUGUCCGCCCCCACUACCUCCACCGUCGUCUCGUCUGCCCCCGCGCCCACUCCUAGGGCUACCUUUGCGCUCUGGGUGAGGACUGGAGUCGCUCACCCGACACAAGAGGAGAAGAAGGCGGUGGAUGCCACGCUGGUGGCGGCACUCAAGCUGGCAGAGACGCAUGCUCGCCGGCAGCGCGCGUUGAAGGCGUGGAAACUCGUCCGAGUCCAUGCUCGCCGUCAGACGGCGUUCAAGGCGUGGAAGCUGGCGCGCCAGAGUAAGCGUACUUCUGGUUGGUGCCGGAAUGACGAAUUGUAG